UCCAGAGAAGCUGCUGAAGGACGCGGAGUUUGAUUCCAGCGCUGGAGGUGAAGAUGAGUCCUGUUGUCUUGGUUUGCUGUGUGCUGAUUGCAGCUGUGGCUCCCAGAUGUUCAUCAGAAAUGUACACAUCGCUGCUGAAUGUGAAGCAGGCGAUCAGCGUGGAACAGAAGCUGAUCGAUUAUCUGAGAACUUAUAUCGAUCACGAACAGGAGAGACUGCAGGACAUCAAGCGCUUUUAUACCAAAGUGUCCGACCUGCACUCGGAACUUUACAAAGGCCCGGCUGGGAUGGCGAACCCUCUGGUAGCCUUCACCCUGAUCAAGCGGCUGCACUCAGAGUGGCUGAAUGUCGUCUACAGCAACGAAGCUCUGGAGAACGCACAAGCCCUCAGGUCCAGUUACGAGGAGGAAGAACCCGAGCUGCCCAAACUGGAGGACCUGCAGGGGGCUGCUAAGGGGCUGAUGAGGCUGCAGGACGUUUACGCUCUGCAGGUUUCGAGUCUCGCCAGGGGUCGCUUCCAAAGAGUCGCUGACGGUGAAGCUGUUGAUGUCUACAUGCCUGCAGUGUCCAUCCCGCUGUCUGGUGAUGACUGCUUUCUGGUUGGGAAGGUGGCGUACGAACAGGAAGACUAUUAUCACUCGGUGCAGUGGUUGGAGGAGUCGGUUCGUCUCUUCAGGGGAACCAGAGGAGAGUGGAGCCCUGAGAAUGAAGGGACCUUAGAAGAUGCUCUGGAUCACCUGGCCUUCUCUCAUUUUAAAACAGGAAAUGUCUCCCACGCUCUAAGCCUGUCUCAGGAGUUACUGCAUUAUGAUCCAAUGAAUGGAAGAGUUCUGCAGAAUGUAGAGAAAUAUGAGAAGCUGCUAGUUGCUGCAGGUCCACCCAGAGGUGAUGGUCUGAGGAGACCCACCUCCACUUAUUUAAGGACCAGAGAAACUUAUGAGAGACUCUGCCAAACCCAAGGCUCUCAGCCGAUGCAUUUUAAGAACCCCAGACUCUUCUGCGACUAUUUCACCAAUGACAACCCUGCGCUGCUGCUGAUGCCGGUGAGACGGGAGGUGUUGAGCCUGCAGCCAUUUGCGGUUCUUUACCACGACUUCAUCACCGACGUAGAGGUUGAAGACGUCAAGAGUCUCGCCCAGCCUGGAUUGAGGAGAUCUGUGGUGGCAGCUGGAGAGAAACAAGCAACAGCAGACUAUCGGAUCAGCAAGAGUGCAUGGCUGAAGGGCUCAUCUUUCUCCAUCGUUGGGAAGCUUGAUCAGAGGAUCUCGAUGCUCACAGGUCUGGACGUGAAGCAUCCAUAUGGCGAAUACCUCCAAGUAGUCAAUUAUGGGAUUGGUGGCCACUACGAACCUCACUUUGACCAUGCUACAUCCCCUUCGAGUCCUGUCUUCAAGCUGAAAACUGGGAACCGUGUGGCAACUUUUAUGAUAUACCUCAGCCCUGUCGAGGCAGGUGGGUCCACAGCCUUCAUCUACGCCAACUUCAGUGUUCCUGUCGUGGAGAAAGCUGCCAUCUUCUGGUGGAACCUCCACAGAAAUGGUGAAGGAAACAUUGACACCCUGCAUGCCGGCUGCCCUGUGCUCAUCGGGGACAAAUGGGUGGCAAACAAAUGGAUUCACGAGUUUGGCCAAGAGUUCCUGCGUCGCUGCAGCCUGAACCCUGAAGAGUGAAAUGGGGCGGAGCCAUCGCCGGGCCCCUCGGAGCACAAGCCUUUACAAUUUGGAGGCACACUUCAAGAGAAGGAGGCAGCCAGAAAAUGAGCGCUCAGGCAGGGGAGGAGAUAGCCGUGAAGAGGAAGCCUGCAUCUGGGAUUGGAGCCCCAGGCCCCAGGGAGCCCGGAGGUACAGCAGUAGACAUGGAGCUGGAGGUGCAGGAGGAGGAGGAGCAGCUGGCAAUCAGCCACCAGAGGACAAAUGCUGCUUCUGGCCAGUUCCUGCAGAUGGAGAGAGGCCUCUGCAUUCACGCACUGCACUGGUUUCAGUAAACUGUGUGUUUACUGCUUAAAAAACCGACAUCUUAUCCGGCCCUUUUCCUACACUGGGGCCCCUCAGGGGUCUGUCAUUCCAAAUCAACAGUUGAAUCUCAAAAUUUAAGUUUGAAAUGAACAAAGAUUCUCAAUAUGUCAACUAAAAAUAUCCAUCAAAUCCACCGUUGUUGUGUGAUGCAGAUGGGAGCAGAUAACAGACCAUGUGCUGCACAGGGUGGAGGACAGUAUCCGGUUUCAAGAGGUUAAAAUCUGACUCUCAUGUUUCCAAAGUAGGUUGAUUAUAACAGAGAUUCUCAUGUUCUCAGACCUCAGGCUUGCAGCUCAGUCUGGUGCUGUGAGUCAAAGGAACCAGUCAUUGUGAAUAUGCUUGUUUAUCCCCGGGUGACUGAACAAUGUCGUCAUCGCUGUCUGUGGCAGACUCUUUGAAUUAGAUGUAACAGACUGUCUAGUGGAACAAAUGACCCACUAAGUCGUCCUCUGAUUGAGCUGCUCGUCAUUAGUCAUGUUCAUCUGCAUGCUGAGUGAUUGUGUCUGAACUCACACAACCAACCCUGUCCACAUACCACUCAGAUAUCUGCAUGCAAGUAGGUCAUAACUCAUCUUAAAACAUGCCCAGUAUUGAAAUUUAAUUUAAUAAAUUAAUAAAAGUCAAUAUAUGAGUUGCAGAAAACGUCAAACCUCUCUGAAGGCGACUUUAUGGGAGCAUCCUGCUGCUUGAUUGGCAGGAAUUGCAUCAGAGAGAGUCUCUCCAAACACACUAACACAGAAAAUAUAUGAACAGGAUAUGCACUGGAUGCCUGUUGCACAUUCCUGCAUGCACGCUAAAGAGCAGCACUUGAUUAUUUUCCAGGGAGAUGAUGGAUCGGGAGGCCCUGCUGUCCUGAAGCUCAUUCUACUGCCUAUUUACUUUCAUUGCAGCUGUUACUGUGAGUUUUGUGCCUUCAAAAAUGCAGUUACAGCUCCAUUUUCACUGAAAAUAUAAAAUUCUGGGAGUUUGUUUCAGGUUUGCACAGGGUUUUCAACUGCUUUAUGCAUAUAUUGAUCGAAAAACAUACUUUAGCUACUUGUUUACCAUUUCUUUUAUAAUAAACUUUCUUUUCUGUGCAGUCAAGUCAGAAUCAGAAGCAGUGAAGCUAAAAGGUUUACAGUAAAUCUUUCACAGCUCCAUCUUAAGACAUAAAGCUUAACGUUUCCCAGAAUUGAAGCAGCUUUAUUUUACUCUCUUCCUAUUCACUCUCCCUCACUGUUACCACAACAAACAUGGCUGCAGAGAAUCCUGUUGCUAUGCAGCAGCGCAGUCCAAACUGCCUAAAGCACACAUGACCAGAUCAUAGGUCUUCCUCUGCACAUUGUCAAAUACAUACAGUGAUUCUGCACAUUUUAACGCUCUGUAACUUUUAUUCUGAGAAUGAGCUGAUUGCUUUUCAGAGUUAGUGAGUGUGCACAACUGAUGCACAAAUAUACUUGAAUAAAGAACUGACAGACAAAGAAGAAAAAAGCUGACUUUAGUCUCAGGUUGAAGAAAGAAAAAGUCUUCAGUCAGUCCUGUUGGUGAGCAGCUCUGUGCUUCCCUCUGCUGGUGACUUAAAAAAUAAAUAAAUGUUGGAAUGUUUUUUUUUACUCUGUUAAAAUAUGUGUGCUGCUUUUACUGUUGCUAUUUAAUGUUUCUUUGGAAUUAUUAAAAUUAUUUUUCUUUCUUUAUUUUACAGGGACUGAAUUCCUCAGCAUUGUUUUUAAUGGUCAUUAUACGACGUGGCUUACCAUUUUAAUACAUUUCUGGAUGUACUAAUUCAAUUGAUUAUUUUAUUUGACAUUAUAUUUGAAUAUUAAAUAAAGUAAAUGCCUAAAUUAUAGAACAUUAAAAUGCAUUUUUCUGCUAAAUCCUCCUCUGUCAUGGUUAUAAUAUUCAUUUCAGGUGUAAAUUAAAAUGUAUGCUGAUUUUUGAGGAUAUCAGCUUACAGCAAAAGCCUGUAUAAUAAAUACUGUUGUUGUGUCUCAACCUUAAUAUCUAAAUUCAUUGGCUGAAUUAGUAGUUUAUAGACAGUAUUAUAAGAUCUUAACAUUAGAAAUAUUUAAAGUAGUCUGGGAAGUUAGUAUUGUAUAUUUAAAAUUGCAAGGUUUCAACCUUUAUAUUCAAAUUUGUCGGGUAAACUGUAUUACAUAUAGAAUUUUGUAGUGUCUAAACCCUAAUCUUUAAAGUUGUUGGGACAUUUGUAUCAUCAGUCUUAUUUCCACUUCUGGUGUUUCAAAUGGUAUAGAAAUCAUUAAGUAUCAUGAGUUCAUAUCGCAUUAUAAUGACUACACUUUCUGUUGUUUUGUCUAGUUCAUUUAUAUCAAUAACAGAAAUAUCAUUGUACAACAUCUGUUUUUGCUUGAUGCACGUAGUAAUUUGACAACUUGUUGUAGAUCAUUACAUUUUGUUUAAAUAGAA